GUACGCUCGUUCUGGUACUCAACGCGGCCAUGCGUACGAAAGUGGAAUCGCGUAAAGAUGAUCACCGUGACAAAAGAACUUUAGGGGACCACAAUGCUUACCUACUUGAUUACUUGAUAGCCUGAGAAGAAGACAGGAGAAAACGUAGAAAGACUUAUUAGCUUUGGUCGUCCACCCAGUGUUGUGAGCGAAGCUACUCAAGCUUUACAUGUUGCUUCCUUACUCCAUCUCUGGACUUCACUCAUUGUUUGCCUUCUUCCGUCCUCGCUGUCUCUCAUUUUGCCCAUCAUGCUUUUCAAAUCCACAUUCGUUCUCUCUCUCGCUUUCGCAGCGGACGCAUUCGCUGUUAGACGCGGAGCCAAUGAUUGGUUUGCGCCUACUUCUGCCGAUCGUCGCAGCCCCUGUCCAAUGGUGAACACUCUUGCAAACCACGGAUACCUCCCCCGUAGUGGCUUGAAUAUCUCUCUUGCAGACCUCAUUGCCGGCUUUACGGCAGCCGUCAAUCUCGAUCCCGCUGCUACCACGUUGGUCGGACAAAAGGCUCUCCUCACGUCCACGACUGGCAAUAACGCGACAUUCAACCUGGACGAUCUCAAUACCCAUGGAAUCAUCGAACAUGACGGUAGUCUAAGCCGUAAUGACAUUUAUUUUGGCGACAACCACUCGUUCAAUGAGACCAUUUGGGAAGGGGUGGCAUCCCAAUUCACAAACACCACCAUCAGCAUCCCGACAGCAGCUAAGGCGAGGGUGUCGCGCCUGCAAGCCGCUGCUGCUGCGAACCCUGAGUUCAACCUGACAGCCGAUGGUACCCAGUUCAGCUUCAUUGAGACGGCUCUCUAUCUCUCUGUUUUUGGAAACCUAGAGGAUGGUAAUGCCGACACUGAAUGGGUGAAGGUCUUAUUCACACAAGAACGUCUGCCAUUCCAGGAGGGAUUCUCAAGGGCAAGCUCUCCAAUUACUGCAGCGGGAAUCCUGGGCCUGGUUGCUAAAGUUGCAGCUGCAAGUGUGUAAUUUGAUCUCCUCGGCCGUUGCAACGGGUGGAUUGUAGCUUCGACACUAGGAUCCUCCAGCGGGCUCUUCUCCUUAUCCACAUAAGUAGAUGUAUUUUGGCUGUCAAUUUUUGACAGGUACUUACUAAAGUUUACAAAAUUUCAAGCUAUAAAUUGCAGUUGCUUUCAAGAGGAC